GUUAGAUUUGACGUUAGAACUACAGAGAAAAUCAUUAACUGAGACGAAUUUAAAGUUAUUGGUAUAUACUUUAUAUUGUAAAUAAAUCACAGUCUUAAUAUGUAAUUUUCUAAAGGGUUGGUAUUGGUAAACAAUUUUGAAGCAUAGAUAAUAAGUGGUUUGCUGACACAACUCGUGAAACAUCAGGGUGGUAAUGGCCCGCAAGCGAACCAGACAAGUUGAGGAAGAAAGAGUAGAACCAGCAGUUGAUGCUGAGGAUUUUUUCCCAGAUAUUCUUGAUGAAGUGGAUGAUGCCAAUGACUUCCAGGUGGAAGACCCACCUCCACGCACUCGAGGAAAGAGGCGUAAAGUAGAAGGUCGUGGCAGAGGUCGUUCAAGAGAUGUUGGAAAACGUCGUGGGGGUCCAGUAGAUAUGCCAAGUGAAAACAUUAACAGCCUUUUUGAAAUAGUGAAGCAAGGAAGAAGUUCAUUACAGUGUGUAGUAGAUGACUGGAUAGAGUCUUAUAAACAAGAUCGUGAUACUGCCCUUCUUGACUUGAUGCAGUUUCUGGUGGAAUGUGCUGGUUGUCGAGGUCGUAUCACACCACAGAUGCAAGCAGGCUUGGAGCAUGCUCAGAUCAUAAGAAAAAUGACAGAAGAGUUUGAUGAGGAAAGUGGAGAUUAUCCCCUUAUUAUGACAGGCCCACCUUGGAAAAAAUUUCGGUCCAAUUUCUGUGAAUUUGUUCAAGUUCUUGUGAAGCAGUGUCAGUACAGCAUAAUUUAUGAUCAGUAUCUUAUGGAUAAUGUUAUUUCUCUCUUAACUGGUCUCUCUGAUUCUCAAGUUCGAGCAUUUCGUCAUACAGCAACUUUGGCAGCCAUGAAGUUAAUGACAGCUUUGGUGGAUGUGGCUUUAAACCUGAGUAUUAACUUGGAUAAUACUCAAAGGCAGUACGAAGCAGAGCGUCAAAAGAACCGAGAUAAACGUGCUACAGAACGGUUAGAAAUGUUGAUGACUAAAAGGCAAGAGUUAGAAGAGAAUAUGGAGGAAAUAAAGAACAUGUUGACUUACAUGUUCAAGAGUGUAUUUGUUCAUCGGUACAGGGAUACCUUACCUGAGAUUCGUUCAAUCUGUAUGUACGAGAUCGGUCAGUGGAUGAAGAAGUUUCACUCCCAUUUCUUAGAUGAUAGCUACCUGAAAUAUAUAGGUUGGACUCUUCAUGAUAAGGUUGGAGAUGUGAGACUUAAAUGUCUACAGGCACUUCUUCCUUUGUAUGGUGCAGAAGAACUGACAACUAAGCUAGAAUUGUUCACUAACAAGUUUAAGGAUCGGAUUGUUGCUAUGACACUGGACAAAGAAUAUGAUGUUGCUGUGCAUGCAGUAAAGUUGGUCAUCAGUAUUCACAAGUAUCAUCGUGAAAUCCUGACUGAUAAAGAUUGUGAGCACGUUUAUGAACUGGUCUAUUCUUCUCAUCGAGCUGUUGCUCAAGCUGCUGGAGAAUUUUUGAAUGAAAGGUUGUUUCAGCCAGAUGAAGAAGCUGUUCUUGGCUUACUUACAAAGAGAGGUAAAAAGAGAUCUAUUAACACCCCUCUGAUCCGAGAUUUGGUGCAGUUCUUUAUUGAAAGUGAGCUUCACGAACAUGGAGCUUACCUUGUGGAUAGUUUGAUAGAAAGUAAUCCUAUGAUGAAAGAUUGGGAGUGCAUGACAGACUUGCUGUUGGAAGACCCAGGUCCUCAAGAAGAGCCACUAGAUGAUCGUCAAGAGACCUCACUUAUAGAGAUUAUGGUGUGUUGUGUAAAGCAGGCAGCCACUGGAGAACCUCCUGUUGGAAGAGGGCCUAACCGAAAGCAACUAUCAGCAAAAGAGUUAAAACAAAUUGCAGAUGACCGAGUGCGGCUGACAGAACAUUUCAUUGUAACAUUACCUCACCUACUGGCCAAGUACAUGGCAGAUAAUGAGAAGACUGCCAACCUCAUGGUCAUUCCUCAAUACUUUGAUCUGGAGAUUUAUACCACUAGUAGACAGGAAAAGAGUUUGGACAGUCUCUUGAAACUUAUUCAUGAAGUUGUAGAGAGACAUAAUGAUACAGAAGUCUUGAAGUCUUGUGCCAAAACUUACGAAGCUCUUUGUAAUGAGGAUCUAGCUAUUCAUUCCCGAUGUGCCGUUUCAAGAGGGACACUCGUUGAUUCCUUAAUUCAUAGAUAUAGACAAGCUUUAAAUGAAUAUGUUGAAGCUGGUGAGGAAGUGGAUGAAGAUGAAAUUUUUACAAUUACUUCUGCCCUUAAAAAAGUUUCUAUUUUCUACAGUUGUCACAACUUAGGACCAUGGGGAAUCUGGGAAGGGGUUUAUGACUUCUGGGUGAAGGGUGCCCUUCAGGAGGAUAAAGAUCUUCCAGAACAAGGUGUUCGGCAUGCCAUAUCAUGUUGUUCUAUGGGGGUGAUGUGGGAGUUAGCUGCUUUAGAUGACACUAGUCCCAAAAUGGCUCAGGUGCACAGUUUACAGAGUAAAUUACAAGAGUUUAUGGAGAUGAUGCGAGAACUGUUGAAUCAUCAUGAUGAUGCCUACCAGGAAGAGGCUUUCAUCACUAUCUGUGAUCUGCUGAUUAUUUUUUCUAAGCAAUUGGCUGAAACCUCAGAACAUGCUAUGGGUUCAUUAGUCUAUAAACCAGAUAAGACUCUCCAGCUUCAGCUUGGAGCCUUUGUACAAGACAAAGUUUUUAUAGAAGAUGAUGAUGAUGAGAAGGAUGAACACAGUAAAAUUGAAGAACUACACAAGAGGAGAAAUUUCUUGGCCUCAUUUUGCAAGCUAAUUGUUUAUAAUGUCAUCAGUAUCAAACAAGCAGCUGAUAUUUUCAAACAUUAUGUCAGAUUUUAUAAUGAUUAUGGAGACAUCAUUAAAGCUACGCUUGGGAAAGCAAGGGAGAUAAAUAAGGUAAACUGUGCCCGAACUAUGGCUUUGUCUCUCACCACCUUAUUCAGAGAGCUGCAAACUGAGCAGAAUACAGGAUUAAUAAACCGAAACGAUGACAACUUCUGUGCCAUUAGGGAAUUAGCCAAGAGAUUUUCUCUCUCUUUUGGCCUUGAUCAAUUAAAAAAUCGAGAGGCUGUGGCUGCUUUACAUCGAGAGGGAAUCUUGUUUGCUGUUAGUAACAGCGAAAACCCAGCUGACCCGCUUGGCCCUCCCCCAAACCUACCAUUUUUGGAAGUUCUUUGUGAAUUUACUAAUAAGUUGAUGAGACUUGACAAAAAAGUAGUACUUGCUUACUUGGACCGUCACAUUCAGACUAACAUGCCUGGAUCACGAGCAGAUCAUUGGCAACCUCUUCUGUCUUAUCGAAACAGUCUUGUGCAUGGUGAACAGGAACCACCAAUGGCUAGAGCUCCUGGCCGACAGUAUCGUGGUAAAAAGCGAAACAGAGAUGAUGAUAAACCAGCAGAAGAAGAGAAUAAUCCAGACCAAGACUCUGAGAGAGGAUCUGAGUCAGACUUCAGACAGAUCCAUUGAUAGAGUUUGAAUUAGUGGAUUAAGUGAAGUAUUUCUUCUGAAACAUCAAAAUCAAAUUUUUUUCUUACAUUGCCCAUCUAUAUAACUUUAUCUUCUGAAUUGGAAGUUGUUGUUCUUUUAAUAGAUUACUACUGAAGUAUGGUAAGAGUAAAAUGUCCUAAAGAUUCUGGUACACUUGACUUUUUUUUUCAUACAUAUAUAGAGUCCUUCAAUCUUGGUAGUAAUAUAAUUUGUCAUCAAUCACAUUUUAUCUAAAUUAUUGUUCUAGUCAACAGCUAAAGUGCUUAUCAUUGUUACUGGAUGCUUAUGCAUAUUUAUCACUAAAUUAUCUCUUGAUUGUAAAUAAUUCAAUAUGUUUAUAUAAAAUGCUUUA